UCUGAGGCCACUUAGGUCAGCUACCGUAAUAUUAAAUCUCAAAGUCCGUGACAAUGCAUGUAUUUUCCGGGCAUCUGAACAACGGCCUCAAGCACCCAUUGGAGCUUCCGUACCUAACAAGUAUGGAUAUCUACCAUGUGUCCAACGUUUCCGAACGGGAGGACGACGAGGGGUCCGGAGUUCCUGGAAAAGAGGGCCGCCUCGGCAGAUCCCGCCGAGUGAUGUCGAUCACUGGGCAGCCCCCUAAACAAGAAAACUUUCGGUGUGGAUUGUUCGACGUCGAGAUUCCGCCCAUCUGGGGGUGCGAGACGUCGUCCUCUUCCAAUAGCUUUCAGGACAUGGAAGUUAUCGAAAGGUUUUCGGAUUUGUCGACCAAGGCGCUCAGCGUAAUACGCGCAGCCAGAUUACCGCAUCCAAAAGGCGUUUUAGUGGAGAGCUUCGUCACUGAGGCCGCGGACCCGGACCGGGCAGCCCGGCACUUACUCAACCGCAUCGCUCCCGAAGGCGAAGGAAGCGACGUGGCCGCCUGUCUCGAUGCGUUUUGUUCAGACUGGAGACAGCUCGUUACGAACUUUGUGCAUGAGGGCCCAGUCCAGCCGCUGCGCGACAGGCGUUAUGUGCCUGUCAUCACGAGACGCGACGGCGGGACCUGCCGGUUCUCAGGCCUGGGCGACUCGUGGCGCGAUCGUCUUGCCGUCUAUCCCAUCCUGCCUCCCUUCGGGGCCGGCAAAAUAGAGAUUGAUUCGGUAGGUGGGCCAGGCCGAACAGGACCAGCGCUUCCCUUGUCCGGACGUAGAGGCUAUCGUGACGGGAGCUAACCUGGCUCUGCUGCUUGUCAGUCCCUGCAUGACCUUCUUGUUGCCUUCUUGGGGCCCGACCUGGGUAGGUGGGUGCUAGCCGGAUGCGAAGACCCGUGCCCCCCUUUCGGCAGCCACUGGCUUCUACGCACGUCUGCCGCCUCCGCGUUCGCCCAGGGGUUUUGGAAGCUCUUCGCCAGGCCGCUGAGUCGCUAUGAAGUGAGCACCUGCCGAAAUGUGAGUGUUGUGGUCGUGGGUCAAGAGUUUGGUGCACUUCUGGAAUGACCGGUUAGGCUGAUAUUGUUGCAAUACGCAGUACAUCGUCUCGCCAACCGGUAUUGGUGGGCUCGCGGAGCCCGCUAUUGUGAGAGACGCCGAGG